UGGACCAGGCCAUGUUAACGUGGUUCCAUAAACAACGUUGUAAUAAUGUACCUAUAUCUGGGCCUGUUUUGAAAACUAAAGCUGAACAUUUUGCUCAACAACUUGGUAUUAUAGAUUUCAAGGCCUCGGAAGGAUGGCUUGGAAAAUUUAAACAACGUCACAAUAUUACCUAUGGGAAAAUAAGCGGAGAAGCACUAAAUGUCGACUUGAAUGUUACUAACAGCUGGUUAAUUAAUGUGUGGCCAAAAUUGAAUGAAAAGUACACUCCGGAUAAUAUUUUUAAUGCUUAUGAGACAGGUAUUUUUUACAAAAUGACCCCAGAUAAAACAUUAAAAUUCAAAGGGGAAAAAUGCGUGGGAGGUAAACUUUCUAAAGAACGUAUCACUGCGUUUGUAGCAGCCAAUAUGAGUGGCACUGAAAAAAGAAAGAUUAUGGUAAUAGGCAAAUCAAAAAACCCGCGAUGUUUUAAAAAUAUUAAACGGUUGCCAGUCACUUAUAAAGCAAAUAAUUCAGCGUGGAUGACAUCAAUACUUUUUGAAGAAGAAAUAAGAAAAUGGGAUGCAGAAUUAAAAGGGCGAAAAGUUUUGUUACUCGUGUAUAAUUGUCCUGCUCAUCCCAAUCUAUCUAAUCUUAUGAACAUAGAGAUGAUAUUUUUCCCAGCUAACACAACUAGUAUCUUACAGCUGAUGGACCAAAGUGUUAUAAAAAGUUUGAAAGGCCACUAUAGAAAGAAAAUAUUAAUGGAAAUUAUCGAAUCUGAUGGCAAUGCCUCUAUCAAUAUGCUUGAUGCGGUGAACUUCUUAAGUAAAGCCUGGGAAGAGGUAACAUCAGAAACUAUACGGCAUUCUUUUCGUUAUGCUGGACUUCGAAGUUUUGCAAAUGCUGAAGAAGAAAUAGAACAAUUUGAGAAUGAAGAUGAUACACUGAGUGAGUGGAUUACUCAGUUCAAUACUCCGCAUACUUUAACUCCUGAGGACCUACAAAACUAUGUAGAAAUAUACGAGAAUCUAGUUACAACAAUAUCGUUAACUGAUGAAGAAAUCCUAAAUGUAGUGACAAAAGGCGAGGAGGAGCAAAAGGAAGAUGAAGAGGAAGCACAACCUGACGAAGUCGUAAUACCAAGUAUUCAACAAGCACUUGAUGCGGCUAAAUUAUUAGAAAAGUACUUAUUGUUUCAUGAAGAUGAUCCAAAGUUAUACCAAAACAUGGGAGAAAUUCAUAGAAAAAUACAAAAACAAUAUUGGCAAAAUAAAAAAGUCCAAACUAAGUUGACAGACUAUUUUAAAUGA